CUGUCAGUUGAGAGUUUACAAAAGUUUUGACAAAGCUACUUUAACAGCUGCUUAAGUUGACGUACGAUUCUUAUACAAGAAAGUCUGUGGAAAAAACGACUAAAUUUAACAGCUGAUAAAUUUAAGUAUUACUGGCUAGUCUUUGAGGGGAGAGUCUGCCUUAGAGAGUGGAUUAAGAAUUUAUGUGGAGAAGGCUUGCUAGUAACGAUGCGAGUUGCAUUUCUUUUCCGAGUUUUAUUUUUAGCGCUUGGUUUGUCUGUGACCCUUUCAAGACCAUUUUCUCAGGAGGAAAAUAUCACAGGAAGGUUUCUGAGGAAUAUUGCAUGUGAUCCUGAUCACCAUGCUAGUAAUGGUAUAUGCUGCUUGAACUGCCCCACAGGCACAUAUGUGAAAUCAUAUUGCAAAGAGGAGAACUCAACUGGGACCUGUUUCCGUUGUGCAGAUGGAAUAGGCUACACUGAACACCCAAAUGGGAUGGACAUGUGUCUGACUUGUAGUGUCUGUAACCCAGCUGUUCAGAGGGUGAGGUAAUGGUGAAAGAAUGCCAGCCUACAUCAGACAUUGAAUGUCAACCAGCAAGUGGGACACUUUCCCCAGGGGAAAUAGCUGCUGUUGUUAUAUGCAUAUUGGUACUGCUAAUUGUCGUGGCAAUUAUUUGGCGCUGUUGCUCCAAGAAACAUAAAAGGAAUCAAUCUUCUGAUGACGGUGACUCAGCUAAGCUAUCAAAAACACAGCAAUUGAAGAUGUGCUUCAAAAAUAGCUACCUCAAGAAUUUGAAAACUACAUUUACUGAAGAUAAAAAGCAGUCUGAGCCCCUUGUGCGAAACACACAACCUACAGAGUUGCAAAACAGUGACAACACGACCUACAAUGGGACACCACCUAUGAAGAUGCAAAAGUAUGAACCAGGAAAGAGCUGUACAGACCAUCACAGACAAAGACACGUUCUUGUUGCAGCAGAAAGUGACCCAAGAGAAGCUCUGAGGCAAAGCUUUGAUGUCUUUGUGGAAUUAGUACCUGCAAUAUCCUGGAAGCCAUUUAUGAGAUGCCUGAAGCUGACAGAUAAUGAAAUUUUCACAGCAGAGAAAAACAAUGAUGGUAACAGGCAAGAACAAUGCUUUAACAUGCUUUCAUGCUGGAUGCAGAAGACAGGAAGGGAAGCAACCAUAAAUGGGCUGUUGGAAAUGCUCACUACCAUGGAACUAAGAGGUGUGGAAGAGCAAAUCAGGGAUGAAGUAACUCGGAAAGGUUACUAUAAAUAUACCAUAGAGUAACAGUGACUGUUUUAUACACAGAGCAGCAGACAAGAAUUGCUUUCAAUCUAGUAUAGAGACAAGUCUGGCAAAGAGAAUCAGAUGUUGAUUCACUGUAAGGUGCGCAUUGCAACCUGUUGAGAAGACAGCUGCAAGCUGGAAAAGAACAAAACCAGUGAACUGUAACUUUGCUGCCUACUUCAAGACAUAAAAUUGCCUGCGCUUAAUUCUUCCAUGUGCAGUACCAGAAUAACAAAGUAAAUAGCUUAUUCAGUUUUAAAAAUGAAGCAGGGAUUCAAUACUCAUCCUAGCCUUAAAAGAUAAAUCUGCCUUUGAAAACUGAAUGUCCCUGCAGGCAGGGCCUGAUAAUGUAAUUAAGUGGAAAACAAAGUAUUUUUUGAUGUUAAUUUGUUUUGCA